UUAGGGAAAGGGUUUUUCUCAGUUGUGUUGCCAUAUAAUAGCCGCUCUGUCACUCUCUACCAAAAGAAGAAGAAUCAAAUUUACUCCUCUUCUUCUUCUUUUUUAUUUGAAUUUCGAUUAGGAAUCGGAAACAGAAUCCGGCAAUGGCAACCCUUCUUCCUCCGUCGCCUGCUACGGCAACGACUCCACCGCCCGCCGCCCAGCAGCAGAAAGUGGAUUACUUGAAUCUUCCUUGCCCCAUUCCUUAUGAAGAAAUUCACCGUGAAGCUCUAAUGUCCUUGAAACCAGAACUCUUUGAGGGAAUGCGAUUUGACUUUACUAAAGGACUCAAUCAGAAAUUUUCACUCAGCCAUAGUGUGAUGAUGGGACCUACAGAAAUUCCUUCUCAGUCAUCUGAAACAAUUAAAAUUCCCACUGCCCACUAUGAGUUUGGUGCUAACUUUAUAGACCCAAAGUUGAUGCUUUUCGGGAGAGUGAUGACAGACGGGAGAUUAAAUGCAAGACUGAAGUGUGAUUUGACUGAGAAUCUUACUCUCAAGGGCAAUGCUCAACUUACAAAUGAGCCACAUAUGUCACAUGGCAUGUUUAAUUUUGACUAUAAGGGAUCAGAUUAUAGGACUCAGUUUCAACUGGGGAAUGGGGCCUUAUUUGGUGCAAGUUACAUCCAGAGUGUGACUCCUCAUUUAUCCUUGGGUGGUGAAGUAUUCUGGGCUGGUCAACAUCGGAAAUCUGGCAUUGGCUAUGCUGCACGUUACAACACCGACAAGAUGGUCGCAACUGGACAAGUUGCUAGCACUGGUAUGGUUGCCUUAAGUUAUGUUCAGAAAGUAUCUGAAAAGGUUUCUCUAGCAUCAGACUUCAUGUACAACUAUAUGUCUAGGGAUGUCACAGCCAGCUUUGGUUAUGAUUAUAUCCUUCGGCAGUGCCGGUUAAGAGGCAAGAUUGAUUCUAACGGUGUCGUCGCUGCUUUCCUGGAAGAGCGAUUCAAUAUGGGUCUUAACUUUCUUCUUUCUGCUGAGAUAGAUCAUAGGAAGAAAGAUUACAAAUUCGGUUUUGGACUGACAGUGGGAGAAUAGAACCGAAACCAUAUUCUUUCCAACUUUCCGUUUUAAGCUGAUUGUUGCAAGCAAUGGGGAUGGUGAGGGAGAUAUUUCUCCCCUCGGACAAGAAUCAAAGGAUCAGUUUUGUACUUGUUGUCUAGUAAGACAUUGUUUUGUUGGCAGCAACAGCUGCUACGACAUAAUCAGAAUCACUUGUAGUUGAUUUUGCAGGUUCGAGGUAUUUGAUUCCCCACAAGACUGUAGAUUUUCACUACUGUUAUGCAUAAUUUGGUGAAAAAAUAGAGAUUUAUUGAUUCCAUCAAAA